AUUCCUCCGCGCAGCGCGCCAUUGACUGUAAAGACCUUUCAACUUAACAAAAACUGAAGUUGACAAACGUAUCCCUGUCGGCUGAAACACUGAGAAAGAGUUUGUUUUUUCGGCGAAGAGGGCAAAGCAGAAGAAGACGAUGCGGCUCUCGGUGGAGCUUUCUCAGUACGUUGGUGGUUUUCUGUAAAUGAGCGACGGCUGUACCGCGGCGUUGUGUUUUGAUUUCCAUGUGAAACGCAAUUAGUGCUCCGCGGUGCUCGCUAGUUUGGCUCGCGGAGCGGAGCACACUCUCAACUUGUUCCUCGCCUCGGGAGCACAACAUGGAGCAUUAUCAGGAAGAUUUGGGACUCCGGGCCAGUAAAUUGAUGGAGGACCUUUCCUUGUAUGAUGCGUAUAAAGACGGGAUGUACACCGCGAGGAGAGACUUGGUGAUUAACCCCGAUUUAGACUUUUCGGCUCCGGCUGUGGCAGAGCAUAAAAGUAAGCCAAUGAAUGGUACCUCUGUGCUCCACCAGCAGCAUCACACAGUGGAGAAUUUCACGUCUGGGAAUAAAGUGUACACCGCGGCUCCAGUGCGCCCAGUCAACUGCAACCGGACCGUUCCCGUGGAUUUUUGUGCCCCUCAAAGAGACGCGGUUUACAGUGAGGAGGGCUGUUGCACCAAAUCCGAAGUGGCUCUGCCGUGCUACACGGGCGCUUCCGAGAGACACAGGAGAUACUCUCUGGAGGUGCAGGGCCACAGGUACAGCACCGGCUCCGCUUUCGAUGGCGUGCCCCUCAACAAGCCGGUGGCUCUGCCCGGCAACAGGUGCAACAGUGUGUGCAUUACCAGCAGCCACGACGGGAGAUACAACGCCACCAGUCCCCGGUCCAGCCUGGCAUCUUCCCUGUCCUCCCAAGAGCACAGCAAGCAUGCCAGCCCCAGGUCGAGCAUCAGCAGCCCGCGUACUAGUUUAGUGGUGCCGGGCCAGGACAGGUACACGAGCCCCAGGUCCAGUUUGGUUCACUGUGAGGGAAACAAUGUCCUCAGUCCCAGGUCCAGCUAUGCAAGCACCGCCAGCGAUACGAGCAAACACUCCAGCCCCCGAGCCAGCCUCAACAGCUGCGACUGCUGCAGCAAGCCCAGCAGCAACCGCACCAGCGGCAUCAGCAUGGGCUACGACCAGAGGCACACCAGCCCCAGGUCGAGCACGGCGAGCCAGUACUCCUUCACAACCAGCCCGAGAUCCAGUUACUCUGACUCCCGGUACGGGCCCGUGGUCAACCAUGAUCUGGAGGGAGCGAUUUUACACGCGGCCCCGCUGGCGAGUCCACGCUCGAGCAUCUGCAGCCAGGACGGGAGCGCAAGACCGGGCACCACCGCGAACUGUGUGGUCAGUCCCCGGUCCAGCAUCUCCAGCCACAGCUCCAGAAGCUCCCGCAGCUCCAGGGGCUCUAUGAGCACCUACCCGGACCUGCAGCUACCUUCACCCAGGUCGUCGAUGCUGGGCAGCGGUUUACACGAGGACACGCUGUUGCAGGAGUUUGGAGACUCCAGCGGCAUCCAAAAUCGCAUCCAUCUCCAGGGCAUCUCGGCGGUGCCAGAGCCCCAGCAGCAGUCAGCACAGACGGGGCUGACUGCUGCGGAGAUGACUGCGGGGUCGCCGUCGUCGUUUAGUUAUGGGGUGUCCUCAAAAGCAGCUUCCUCAAGCCAGAGGUUUAAGCUGCCUUACCAGGUGACCCCGAGUCGAGAGAGUGGGCCAAGCCAGGCGGAGAGACGGCUGGAAGCGCUCACCUUGGAGCUGGAAAAGGAGUUAGAGAUGCAUAUGAAAAAGGAAUACUUUGGUAUCUGCGUCAAAUGUGGGAAGGGUGUGUACGGAGCCAGCCAAGCAUGCCAGGCCAUGGGGAACCUGUAUCACACAAACUGCUUCACCUGCUGCUCCUGCGGGAGGAGGCUGAGAGGGAAAGCGUUCUACAACGUCAAUGGCAAGGUCUACUGUGAGGAGGACUUCCUGUACUCUGGUUUCCAGCAGACGGCUGAGAAGUGCUUUGUGUGCGGUCACCUCAUCAUGGAGAUGAUCCUCCAGGCGCUGGGCAAGUCCUACCAUCCUGGCUGUUUUCGCUGCGUGGUGUGUAAAGAGGGUCUAGAUGGAGUGCCUUUCACCGUGGACGUUGAGAACAAUAUCUACUGUGUCAAAGACUACCACACGGUUUUUGCUCCCAAGUGUGCCUCCUGCAACCAACCCAUCCUUCCAGCACAGGGCUCUGAGGAAACAAUACGAGUUGUUUCUAUGGACAAGGACUACCAUGUGGAGUGUUACCACUGUGAGGACUGUGGUCUCCAGCUAAACGACGAGGAGGGCCACCGCUGUUAUCCUCUGGAAGGCCACCUUCUCUGCCAUGGCUGCCACAUUCACCGUCUCCAGUCCCAGGUCCCUGCACACCCGCCCCCCAACUACCCCCUCCAUGUAACCGAGCUGUGAGGGAGGGGGAGGAGGGUGGGCAGCAACCAAGCCCUCCCUCCCAGGUGACCUGAGACACCAGCAGCGGGUAAAGAAAAAAAAAAAAAGGCCUGCACCCCCUCGGCCCGCACACCCAGCAGUUCCAGGGAGGCCUCUGUGUGGCCAUCUGAGCCACCACCCCUGUCCUCAACUGGACGGCCCGGCCGUGGACUUACACACACUGUGCAGCUCCCACCACAAGCCCUUCUGUCACAUGACAGGGCUGGGAAAAAAGGGUUCCUCUCCUCCUCCAUCUGUGGUCCUUUCCUCCCCCUUCCCCUUGGGUGCCUAACCCUGAAAGCCAACACGCCGCCUCACCCAGAGGCCCCCGGUGACGUCACGUCUCCUGACCCCUGCACAUUCAUCAAAAGAGGGUUUUUGGACUGGAGGAGAGAAUGCAAACUUGACUCUCUUCCUUGCUUCCCCUCUCUUCCUUUCCAUGUUUUUCAUUCCUGUGCUCUGACUGAAGCGGUUUACCGCAGUGAAUUCACCAGGGCUGUCACGGCUGAGAACGCUGCUGAUGUCGGCGUCAGGAAGGCCAGGGAACGAGCCCGCUACAUUCCAGUACUGGCUGGACCGGACAGGCCCCAGGGUGGGCAUGCUGUGCCUUCAGAGCAGGUCGCUCUCCGUGCAGCUUCUAACACUGAAAUGGAGCCCUGCUAAAGGCUAUGCAAAGGACACCCAGCAUCAGGACACAGGGCUCUCAUCGCUCCUCGCCCCGCACCAAACCCCGAAAUAACAGAUGCACCGUAGCACCACAAGCCCGGAGGACCGACUGACAUUCCACUUAGAAGUCUUAGACGAGACCUUGAGAGAUUCACAAGCAGUGUCUUAAUUAAUGAUUAUAUUAUGACAGAAAAAGAAAAUUUUAGAUGCACAUAGAUUGUCUUUUAUAUAUGAAUAUAUAUUUUGCAGAUGUUUUCCACAUAAGAUGCUAGAUGUAGAUUCUUGUUUUUUUUGUUGCUGCGCUCAUGAUAGAUUCAGAGGAUAAACACACUGUGUGUCACACAGUCUGAAACCUCUGAAACUUUUGGGUGUGUUGUAUCAUUUCUCCUCCAGGACACAGAGCUUCCUUGUGUCUGUCAGUGGGUUAGAGAUCCACAGGCUUUAUAGGAGCAGACCUGGUUCAAAUAUUAUUUGCCUUUGAUAGUUUUUUUUCCCACUUUGAGUACCAAAUGGUUAGUACUUGAGCUGAGUAAUGGCUACACAUUUUUAUUCUCUUACACAGCAGAAGCCCUCCCUUCACUGACUGUAGAAAGCUGUAAAACACUGCUAGUCAAACAAAUCUACAGUUGUCUUUAAGUCUUAGGCAAUAUACUUAUUAGAUAUUUGAAUUAUUUAUUUAAGUGGAAAUGGAGUAGAUGUAGAUCAAUCUACAUAUUUAUGUUACAAUUGAUGCCAGCACAUAUAGACUUAUCAGGAUAAACAUUCCAGCCUUUAAUGAGGCAGUAAUUAAAGCUCUAUGUGUUAACUUAAUUGUUAUUUUUUUUACCAGUGUUGUAUUUAAUUCCAACAAACUGUAACGAAUGCAUUUAUCUUAACUUUAGACCCUUCAAAAUAGCAAAUUCUGACCUUUUACCAAGUAUCACACAGAGCACUAAGAUUAAGAUCAAGCAUAAUCUUAAAAUCCACCAAGAAAUAGGUCUUUAAGUACAAAGAUUUAGGCUCUUUGGUGGAACACUGAACACUCAGUACUCACAGAAGGCAAAUGUCUGAAUACAGCAGAGAAAAUAUUAACUGUUAUCACUCUGACAGAUUGUCUUACAGCAAAGUAUCUGUGUUAAACUUUGAAAAGGAAUUUAGAAACAGAACUCUGACUGGACAAGAUUUGGACCAACUAUAUGUUAUAUAGAGAGUGUUAGAUGUGACAGAUAGUGCAGCAUGUUGUGUGUUACAGGUGCCUCAUCAGAGACAUAAAUAUCUGAAGCAUUUCCAAUAAAAGAAUUUGAAACAUUGACAAAUGCUUAAAGUAACUGGUAGUCUGUAUUGAUAUGCAGGUUAGCAUAUGAAGUCAUCUGGUGACUUUAAUGGGGUUUUUUUUUACCAAAUAGCAAGAAAUAGUUACUUUUCCUCAAAUGAGAAGUAAACAUUAAAGGUCUUGCGUGAAUUUGAGAGUAAUUUUCCGUCACCGACACCUCCCCUGCUAAUGUCUGAAUGUGGCAUCUGGCCCAUCUGGUACUCAAAGAGCAGAUACAGAAAAAAUGAAAUGAUUAUUUGCAAAUACCUUUUGCUCCAGGUCUGUUCAUGACACUGUUUCCUGGUAUGUUUUACCAGACACUGGUUUUGUCAUUUGAGCACUGAGAACAUGGUGCGUUACUACAAGGAACCUCCACUUGUCCGCAUGCCUUAAGACAGAACAGGUAUGUUUGUGUGUCUCGCUCUGGUCCGCCAUGAAGUCUGCUGUCGUGUUUUCGGGGGGGGGAUGUCCCUGAAAACCCGGAGCUGCUGGUCCCACCCGCGUUUUUUAGGGAAUCCCCCAGUGUUUCCCAUGCUGGUUGUGUGUGUGUGUGUGUGUGUGUGUGUGUGUGUGUGUGUGUGUGUGUGUGUGUGUGUGUGUGUGUGU